AUGGGGACGGGGACUGGAGGGGCCAGGUGUGUGGGUUGGGGAAGGUGGCUUGGGUCGGUGGAUGUGCAGAGUCGAGGCCCUUCUUGCUCCUAGAACCAGGUGGCCCGAUUCAGAGUGGACAAGGGGGACAAGCUGGUGACCUACGAGGAGGUGCAUGGGCCGUACUACAUUGCCCACUGCAAGGGCUGGCUGUCGCUGCACACAGGUAACCUGGAUGGGAAGGACCAUGCUGCAGAGCGAACAGUGGAGGAUGUUUUCCUUCAAAAGUUCAUGCUGGGCACCUUCCCAGGGUAUCUGGCCGACCCGCUGAUCCUAAAGCGCCAGGCUCACCAGUUGGAGGUCUGUGCCCUGGUCCUGAGGCAGCUGCCUGCACACAAGUUCCACUUGCUGGUGGGCUACAGUGAGACUCUGCUGUCCCCCUGUGACAAACGUCCCGUCUGUCCGCACCUCCAGACUGUGCCCUCCAAGGUCGUGUAUAAGUACAUCUAA